GAUGACAAGCGUGUUUCGCAAGUAACUUGUUACGAUCGCUACGGCUUUGCAGUGUAUGAUACAAGUUCUGAAUUUGCAGUUGAUGACUGUAGAACCCACGAAUACAGACAACAUUCAGAUGCUGAAAGUUCCAAAGUUAGACAAUUUUGGACAAAGAUGCUCUCAAACUGGGAGGAAAAUCAGCUCUUUUCUCCUAAACGGGUUCGGCGCUUCAUUAAGCAAGGUGUACCUGAUGACAUGAGAGGAAAGAUUUGGAACAAAAUGGUUGGAAGCCAAGCUAUCAAGGCUAUCUCUUUAUUUGAUUACCAGGCCUGCUUAGCGGAGAUACGCCAACUUCUUGUCGACUUGGGAGUCAGUGAAUAUGGAGGGACAAACUGUAUUUCAAGACUAGGGCAAAUUGUUGGGUCACUGGUCGACAGCAACAAGGAAAAUCUCAUAGAUAGCCCUAAUACUGUCAUCAUGACAAGACAGUGGAAAAGGAAUCUUCAUAAGCAGAUAUCAGUUUUCAGACAAAUCAUGUUGGAUAUAGACAGAUCUUUCCCAAGUCAUAAGAUGUUCAUAGAAGGGACAAGUGAAGGAAAAGAGGGAAGAGCAACUCUCUUUAGAGUUCUGGCAGUGUAUGCAAUGUAUAAUCCUCAAGUGUCAUAUUGCCAAGGCAUGUCCUACAUUGCAGGAAUGUUUCUUAUGAACAUGGAUGAGGAGGAUUCCUUUUGGUGUUUGGUUUCUAUGUUUGAAAGACCAAAGUACUUAGCCGGCUAUUUUAAUGAUUCACUUGGAAAGAUACAAAGACAUGCAUCAGUUUUUGAGAGACUAAUGCGACAGAGACGAACCAAGCUAUACAAACACCUGGAGAUGCAUGGUGUGUCACCUCUCAUGUACCUGACACCAUGGUUCAUGGCCUUGUUUACAUCUCUCCCAUGCUGGGAUGCUGUGCUCACCAUUUGGGAUUUGCUUCUCUUGGAAGGCAUGUCCAUCAUCUUCCAAGUUGCCCUUGCACUUCUGGACGUCUUGUCAGUUGAGAUUCUUCCAUUGACAGAAAUAGCACAAGUUCUGCCAAUAUUACUGCGUCCUUCAGCAAGUUUGAUCACUCGUGAAAAGCUGGUUGCCGCAAUUUGGAAAGUGAAGCCAAUUUUAAGAUGGGAAAUUGACUCAAUUCAAGCCAUACUUGAUGAGGAAGAGGCCGGUUGCAAAGCAAAUACAACAAGAGGUAACAAGAGAAGUUUGAACAAUCAGAAUGAGGACGACAACAGGAAAAGACAACGAACCUUCAGCAAUCAAUCCCCUCAAGCACCGGCUGAACCGUCCCUUUUCCAGCGCUUUAUUGGAUUUUUUUCUUCGAACGAUGAAUCAGAGGUCAAAUUUAGCACUAACGACAUCGAGAUGACCACAUUUUCAGUUGUCAGCGGGCAAAGUCCAAGUGUGCUGACGCCCUCGUUAUGCUGUUCAGCAGCAGGAGCCUUGAAGACACAGCAUGGAAAAGUGAGCGGUCUUAGGAAGCCCGUGGGUCAGCACAAACGUCAUAAUCGUUACAAUAAGGUAUCCCGCAGAAGAUCUAACAAUGGAAAAGAUGUGCUUAGAAGACGUCACGUGGUUUUCCAAGGCAGUCUGGGGAGUCCUGUAAGGAGAAGUCCGCGCUUCGCGGGACAGCGAACCCCUGUGGGGACUGUGGCAAAGGUCCAGUCUCCCAACAGUCUGGUGCGAAGCUCUGCCACAAAUCAACACGCCUUCAAGCAGUUCAAUACUCCUACCCCUCUCAGACGCUCUCAGGUUAAACCCCUUUUUCAACAUUCCCCGUCAACUUUUGAAUCAUCUCCAAAGACACUGACGUCACCUGACCUCUUGAUGUCUCCGGAUUUGGAAAUGACGUCAUUUGAAUGUAAGGAGAAGAGACUGGACUUUACGUAGGGAUUAUUGGCUUAGUGUUACAUGGAUUUACUCUAGAGAAGUCAAGAUUGAAGUGGAUCAUCACAAGUUUGUUGACGAUGAGUACAAGAUGUGAUUGUUUGGCGCGCAUAAUAAACUACGUACAUUUAAGAGCAGCUACAGUGCAUUGUAAGCCUUAUUCUGUCGAUCUUUGUUGUCCCCUGAGGAGAAAUGUGGACUUCCUGCGUGUGACAUAGCUUUAAAAAUUUCAGAGGAGGUCGCAAGCUGUUUUUACUCGCUAAGAAGUCUUGACAAAAUUGAAAACGUUGGGUCAUUUUCAAACCAUUUUCAACUGAGUCUCGAAGGUGAUCCGGAAUUCAUUGGUUUUGAUUUGUUUGUGGUUUAGAAAACGUACGCUCGCUAAAUCCCCAACCGAACAGAAUCAAACUAAAACUUGCCGCGACUCAAUCACGUGCGUUCUUACUGCGCUUCUUUUUUUUUACUUCGAGUUCUCGUCUUCUCUGAAGAGCCUACCACUUCCUUUGUUCUAAUCGGCUGGCUGUGAUAACUUUGGGCUUGGCUUUAUGACACUCAAAAAUGAUCCUCUGGUCGUGAUAACAUGAUUAUAAUUGAAUGGUUUAUAACUGAAAAACCUUUUAUUUACAUGAAAGAAAUUUUUAUGUAUUGCUUUCAAUGGGUCGUUGCUAGAAUGAGUUUCAGAGCUGCUUUAACCUGACAUGUUACCUCACUAACUUUCCUCAAUAAGUGUGGUUUCCAAACUUUUUCGCUUUUUACAGUUCGUUGACUUCAGUUGCGAGAAAGUUCUCGCAAAUUCUGACUAGUCAUCGUUACUAUUAGCAACCAUUCCUGUCGCCAUGGCAUCCGCCAAAAUGUCGAAUGUCAGCUCCCAGGCUUUGCGGCAUUCAUCAGUGAAGAGCUCUCGUAAUUCUUGGGAAAGUGUGAACAGCAAUGCUUGUUUCACUACCUGUCAAUAACAAAUAAAAUUUAACAUUAUGAACCAAAAUACAUAAGCAACAAUCUAAAGAUAGGUUCCCGAAAGCGUCAGUUCC